CUCCCCCCCCCCUCCCUCCACCACCACCACCACCUCACCUCCUCCCUCUCAGCCAGCCUUCCCUCAAUCCCCUCAACAUCUCUCAAUCGCCAUAUUGGGUACCGAGAGGGUUGUCUGCAGCUACGCUCACACCGGGACCAAAUUGACAGAGCGGCUUCAGUUCCCGAGCACUUUGUUUUGAUGAUUCGCGGAGACCAUCUUCGGCUCCAGAACACCGCAGCCGUUAGCGCCCACGACGCGGCGUAUGCAUGGCAUAAGUCGUUUCACGCCUGUUUCGGAUCUUUUUCCCGUGACGAGGAGAUACCCGUUGUUGUUUUUCUAGCGGUGCGUUAUUCUUCUGAAAGCUGGACGCUCCUGGCCGCUUGAAAAUUCGUGCCAUUUUUUUUUUUUUUGUUUGUUUGUUUUCCUUUCCGGGGUGGUUACAAUGUCAGAUGUUCGACUUUCAAACGGGAGCCCGACGUUGGAGCGGACCGACCCCCGGCUGCCGGAGCACCCGAAGCCGUCAGCCUGCAAGAGCCUCUUCGGCCCCGUGGACCACGAAGAGUUAAAGAAGGAUUUUAAUGCACAUUUGCGGGAGCUGGAAGAGGCUGCCGCCGCCAGGUGGGACUUCGACUUCGCCAACGACCAACCGCUGGCCAACGGCAGGCUCCAGUGGGAAUUAGUGGAGCACAGCUCGGUCCCGGAUUUCUACUCCCGGCCACCGAGGGAGAAUGGCGUUUGCUCUGGGAAUAACAAUGUGGAUCAUAACGGGAAUCACCAUUGCGAUGGAAUGGCUCAAAGCGAAGAGACCAGCAGAGCUGACAGUCAAAUGGAGUGCACGGAACAGUCCAGCGGGCCGAGGAAAAGAUCCGCAUGCCACGACCCCUCGGCCCAAAGUAAGAGGUCACACACCAGCCCAGAAGAGGUUAGCUGUCCAAACCUGAGCCACUCUGCAGAACACACACCAAGAAAGACGAGGCGGCUCUCUGCUCUCCAGUGCGUCCAGUAA